AUGUCGACUUCCUCCUCGUCGUUGCUUCGUGCGUUCUGUCGUUUCGGCGGGCCCACUGGAACUCAUCGCUUGAGCCGAUGCCACCAAUUACAGAGGCAGCUUACACAUCAGGCAUCACCGCUACAAGAAACGAAUGCGGUACGCGAGAUUCAUAAACUUAUGGCCGAGGUCAGAGGAACGCAUCCGCAAAAGCUCAAACUUAGCAUGCCCACUCGACUCGCUCCACGCAGGAGCUGGAUGAAGGAAAUGCAAUCACAACAACACACCGAGGCAUCAGCCGGUCCCGCGUCAUCAGAGCUACCAGAAGCCAUGCUCAAGCCAAAACGUAUGCAAGAGAGCUAUGUCGAACUCUACCUGCCCUUCACCGAGGAUCCCGAACUUCUCGAGAAGUACAUCGCCACCUCGGGCCUGAUCCGUCUUGGCAAAGUGCUCGAAGAUCUCGACAGUCUCGCCGGAGGCAUCUCGUACCAGCACGCUCUUGGCGGUCGUCCCGGUGAGGUAUCAGCCCCCAUCUACAUUGUCACCGCUUCCGUAGAUCGACUGGAUCUCCUCGCCCCGCUCACCGCCGACGCCAACUACCGUCUCAGUGGUCACGUUAUCUACGUCGGCUCCAGUAGCAUGGAGGUCUUUGUCAGCAUCGAACAGCUCACCGAGCCCAUGCGUCCCAACAAGGUCUGUCUUACCGGUCGCUUCACCAUGGCCGCUAGAAACGCAAUCACACUGUCAAGUCAGCGCAUCGCACCGCUCAUCCUCGAGUCCGACGCCGAAAAAGCCCUAUUUGCGAUGGGCGAGAGUCACAAGAAGCGCAAACGUACCGAAGCCGCCUCUUCGCUCGAAAAGGUGCCACCCAGCAAGGAAGAGGCUUUCUUGCUCCACAGCCAAUACAUCCGUGGCCUUCAUGCUGGCAUGUUUGCCAACGAAGAGCUGCACGGCCCUGCCAUCAAGUCCGAGUCCGUUCAAUUUCCCGACGGCCCCACUCUCGUGCCAGUCUACAACACCAGUUUGAGCACCACCAUGCACAUGCAUCCUCAACAGCGCAAUGUCCACCAAAAGAUCUUUGGUGGCUUCCUUAUGCGAUCCGCCUACGAGCUCGCCUGGAUGGUUUGUGCUUCCUUUGUCAACCGACACGUUCAAUUCCUCUCGCUCGAUGCACUCUCCUUCCACGCACCCGUGCCCAUCGGGGCCAUGCUUCAGCUUUCGUCUCAAAUCACCUACACAUCCGAACCGGAACACCAUCCGCAAGGUCACACCCUCGCCAGCGUCACUGUCCUGGCAGAGGUCGUCGAUCUGGAAACAGGCGAACGCAAACGUAGCAACACGUUCCACUUCAGCUUCGAUCUGGGCCAGACCGACCGCCAAGUGCUACCGCAGACCUACAAGGAAGCAAUGGAGUUUAUCGAGGGCAAACGUCGCGUCGAGAUCGGCGCCGAGAUGCGUCGACUGUACCAAGUAGACCAGCAGACCGAUCAGCUACCAUGA